CGAUCGAUGUCUAACCGAACCAUCGAUAACGAUCCUGAGCUCAAAUCUACAGCCAACUUAAACGUAUAUAACAAAUACGACUUUUUAUCUUUUGGUGAAGGACUUCAGGAAAUAGCAAGAAGAGACCCAGCUUGUGUCCAAUCAGAAGCUCUUUUACUUCAUCUUCUGCACAGGCGCAGAAGCUACAUGUGUGAAACGUCGUGUGCGGUGGAGGUCACAUACGUCUGAAAGAAAACCAGUAGGUGGCUGUCAUGGCAAAGCUGUUUGAGUCUAUUGGGAAGUUGGGGCUGGCCCUCGCUGUUGGUGGAGGGAUUGUUAACUCCGCCCUUUUCAAUGUUGAUGCAGGACACCAAGCUGUGAUAUUCAACAGAUUCAAAGGAGUGCAGGAUGACGUAGUUGGUGAAGGCACCCACUUCCUUAUUCCAUGGGUUCAGAAGCCAAUUAUCUUUGACUGCCGCUCUCGCCCACGAAAUGUGCCUGUCAUCACUGGCAGUAAAGAUCUGCAGAAUGUCAACAUCACACUGCGUAUUCUCUUCCGUCCCAUGACCAAGCAGCUUCCUCGAAUCUUCACCAGUAUUGGUGAGGACUACGAUGAGCGCGUGCUGCCCUCCAUCACCACAGAGGUCCUCAAAGCUGUGGUGGCUCGUUUUGACGCUGGUGAGCUCAUCACACAAAGAGAACUGGUGUCUCGACAGGUCAGCGAGGACCUGACAGAAAGAGCCUCAACAUUUGGCCUCAUCUUGGAUGAUGUUUCACUGACACACCUGACCUUUGGCAAAGAAUUCACAGAGGCCGUAGAGAUGAAGCAGGUGGCCCAGCAGGAGGCAGAAAGGGCCCGAUUUGUAGUAGAAAAGGCAGAGCAGCAGAAGCAGGCUGCUGUCAUCUCAGCAGAGGGUGAUUCCCAAGCUGCCUUGCUCAUUGCCAACUCACUCAUGGAGGCUGGGGAUGGUCUGGUGGAGCUGCGAAAGCUGGAGGCAGCCGAGGACAUCGCUUUCCAACUCUCCCGCUCCCGUAACAUCACCUACCUUCCCUCAGGGCAGGGCACCUUGCUGCAGCUGCCACAGUAAUAAUUUUUCACCAAAGGUUCGCCCCACUUUUGCUGUCUCCACCUGCUAAAUGGGCCGUUGAAGGAGGAGUUGGAGGACUCAGUAAUGAACUUUCUAACUUCACACACAUUCCUCCACUCUUUCUAACCAACUCUGAACUGAGCUCUGUUCAUCAGCAUGGUGGGAGUUAAAGUAACUGACGGACACAGUUUUGAAGUUCAUCUGCGUGUAUUGAAGUGAAGAGGAGCCAAUUGUUUCCAGUAUGUUGUUCCCCUCCCCAUAUAUUCACAUUUUUUUUGAAAGAAUUGAUGACGCAGUACUUACUAAAGAUUGUGCUUACUCUAUUGUUUUAAAUGCAACGCACUGAAUCAGAUAAAAAAACAACUGAUUUCAUGUAGGUGAUUCCUAUAAACAAGUUGUGUGAUUAAUAAACUAUCACUCUGUUCAGCUGGAACAUCUCUUUGGCUAACAACAAUAAACAAUAUUGGUGUAUGACUGGUUGUUUGUGGCUUUGAGAUAUGGAUUCAGAUUAAAAUGUUCAAAAUAA